UUGCAAUUUGUGUUAAUGUAUCAAAAUAGCAACGAUUUACAGCUGUCAAAGCAGCUGUUGUGGCUUUUGCGUCACGGAGCGCAAAGCGAAGGAUUUCGCAUACAAGCAGAUGGGUUUGUUUGUGUAGCAGAUAUUUUACAGCAUCCACGAUUUGCUGGAAAAUAUAAUGUCGCAAAGUUGAGUGAAUUGGUAGAAAAAGAUGCCAAGCAGCGUUAUACUCUUCGUUGCAAUCCAGCAACAAAUGAGCUUGAAAUCCGAGCCAAUCAAGGCCAUUCGAUGGAAGUGGUGAAGACCGAGGCUUGUUUGGCGCGCAUUGAGAGCAUGAAUGAGCUUGCAGGCGUUGCAGUAGUGCAUGGCACCUAUUAUAAACACUGGGGGGCUAUACAAAAGGAGGGACUAAAGCGCAUGACUAGAAACCAUAUUCACUUUGCUCUGUUGCCGAAUGAUGGUGCCAAAGUGUUGAGUGGCUUUCGCAGCAAUUGUCAACUGUUGAUUUAUUUGAAUGUGCCGCAGCUGCUGGCAGACAACAUACCGCUCUAUCGCUCCAGCAAUAAUGUCAUUUUAUGUGAAGGCCUCAAUGGAGUUAUUAGCUCAAAAUAUUUUAAAAAUGUUUAUGACAAACGCAGUGGCAAAUGCUUAUCUUAGCUUCGCUCCUGAUAAUGUAGUAUUUGUGUAAACUGCCAAUAAAUUGUUUUACGUACGCGUGUGUUAUG